AUGACUCCCACGAAUUUGGCCGACGAGUACCGAAAAACGAAACGAAAUCUCAUGAAGACUCCAAGCCGCAUUACCGCCUCUCAUGAAGCCAACGAAACUUCCUUGAUAAAAUUGUUUCUAAGACUCGUGAUGUCAUGUUGUACUGUUCCAUCCUUGAUAGGCUCCGUGCAAAUCGAGCGAUUCGGAGGAAAUGGAGCGCGACAUACAGAUUUUGGAAACAAAAACGGAAAAUCGCGAUAUCUGGUUCCUCUACCUUCGCCAAUACCUCAGAACCCUUCAUGCCACAGCCCUACUUCUGGUCGCACUGGGAAAAUGUCGAAUGCUGCAUGGACUGCGAUGCUGGAACAGAUGCAGAAGUACAACGAUGCUGAUGGAAAAGCACACACGAUGGUUCUUGGCAAGGACGUAGUGGAAAACAUCUUCAUCGACCAGUCAACAUCGAUCAACGAAUUCCUCGCCACUUUGCGCUCGUUACGCUCUGAAAUUCUCAAACAGCAGCAAGACUUCCAAGAAUCAUCUCAGCAGAAGCUAGCGGCCUCCAUCAAUGCAGUGCAGAACUCGAUCCAGGAACUCGCUGAAAAGAUUGAAAGCCUUUCACUAGCACAACGUCGAGCAACAUCAUCGCCGGCCGCGGAGAUCGACGAACACCCUCGUCGAAUUGAUGACAGAGAGCAACCGUUUCAAGACGAACUGCCUAUGGACAUGGACGGUAUCGACGAAGGAAAUCGAGAAGAAAUGGAUGUCGCUCGUAGAAUCUUGGAAGCUAGGAUCCACGUCCUCAGAAUUCGGAUCCAAUCACUACAAAAGAAGCAGCCAUGCCGACCAAGGCAGUACUCAAAAGGAAUGCGACGCGGUCAUACGACUGAAGCCCGCAUGCGUUGUAUCUUUUGCGGAACUCGUGGAGACCACUACAGUGACUCCUGUGGCAGA